AAUGCAAAUAGGCCAGUAUGCCACUGUAUACAUAAGUGCGUUACAAACGAAGCUGCACAUCCAGCGACGCUGUCUUCAGUUCCGUCCUGACGAAAUCUCACAGCUUUUGGCACGGUAGUUGCAUUGGUUUCAGCGUUUGCUUGAGGCGGCUCAAUCUCCAAUACCUCGCGAUAUACGAACGUAAAAUGGAUAGGAAGCGCGAAGGAGAAGAGGAUGACGCCCCGGCCAUCGAUCCAAACGACGGCGGCAGCAUGCGAGGCGAAAAAAUGGUUUCAUCCCCGAGUCGACGUCACAUCGGAACACAAACAUCACACGUUAUGUAACGCAGGUGCGAGCCAUGAAGCGGAGGAAGCGCGACUUGGAUGAAGCCGUACCCAGACCUCCGGCCGAAUUGAUCGACGAGCUCGCGAUCCACAUCGCGGACGGGCGGAACGUUUUAUUUAUUACGGGCGCCGGUCUGUCGGUCAGCGCGGGCAUCCCCGCCUUUAGAAGCGGAGCGGGCGCCGUCUGGGAGGAGAACGUCGUCCAGUACGGCACUAGAAAAUCUUUAAGGAAGGACCCCGUCGAGUGGCACAACGCGUUCUGGCUCCCCACGUUCGAAACUAGAAGAAUGCGCGACGCGAAACCCACCAAGGCCCACGACGCGCUCGCUGAAUUAGCUCAGCUGUCGCCGGCCAUCAAGGUCGUGACGCAGAACGUCGAUGCCUUGCACGUGGGCGGCGGCGUGCCGGACGCGCAGCUCGUCGAGGCUCAUGGGCGGGCCGGAUUAUUUAGAUGCUGCGGCAUUGGGGACGCUACCGAAGGUCGCCAACGUUGUGAAGAGUCCGUGGCGAACAAGGAGUGGUACGGCGUCGACGACCUACUAAGCAAAGAUCGGAAAGCGUUGCAAGCCUGGUGGCGCGACGAGGGGAAACCGGUCACGCGGCCCUUCUCCUGUCCGAGAUGUGGCGCUUUUCUCGCACCACUAUCACUCUUGUUUGACGAGAACUACGAUAGCCACUUCUUCUUCGAGGCGCGCCGCGGCGUCCGAACGUCGAGUCGCUUCGAUCUGCGCCUGCGCCGCGUUUCUAUGACGUAUUCUUCGACGCGCCGCGCGGCCGCGGCGAUGGCGUCUCGAGAGUGUGUGUUGGGUCGCGGCGAUGGCGUCUUCGUGAGACCACGUCGCCGCGACGCCGUCGACGCGGCCGCGCGAGAGUCCACGCGCCAUGCGAGAGUCUACGCGCCUCGCGAGAGUCUACGCGCCGCGCGAGAGUCCACGCGUCUCGCGAGAGAGUCUACGCGCCUCGCGAGAGAGCCGCGGCCGUGUCGGAACAGCGUCGCACGAACGCAGGCCGACGCCUGGGACGGCUGGUUGGACGACGCCGACGCGGUCGUCUUCGCGGGGACGUCGUUUAGUGUCCAGGUGACGCGGGAGGCUCUGCGACGGUGCAGAGAUAGGAGAGUCCCGAUCUACAACUUUAAUGUCGACGAACCCGAAAAAACGGUCGCGCUGGCGAACGCGGCGCGAUUGCGGCGGGCCACGGCCCUCCAGACGUGUGACGAGUCGUUUCCUCAGCUGGAGAAGGCCGUGCGGUCGAAACUACGAGCGCGAGGCCUGGAGAAGCCGCCCUCGCUGCCGCCGCCGCCGCCGCCCGGGUUCUUGCUUGAUGAUGCUUCUGAAUCGAGCUCAGAAGCGCCUUCGUCCACCGACGACAGGAUCAUUCUCACGCACUACGCGGUCCCCGACGGCUUUCGAGCGGUCAAAGACUCGGAACUGGGAAGACCGCCAGCGUUGCUCGGCCAGAGCGCGGUGGAGCGCGGCGACUUGUACCUCAUCAUCUGCUGCGACGACGGGGACUGGAUGAUGGGCCGCAUCGCCAAACAUAAACCGAACGCGAAGCGCUUCCAGUAUGAUGUCGCCUGGUCGGAAACUUCCAGGGUCUGCCAGCAGGGCCUGCGGCUCGAGGAUCUGUUUGACCCCGAUGGGGACGUCGCUUUACCCGGUUCGUGGCGCUACCUGCGCAAGGUUUCGGAGCGGGCUUCUCCUGAAAGAUCGAGAUAUUUGCGUUCUCCCUCGCAAAGGAACCUGGCGGUCUUCAACAAGCCGGUCGAGACGAUCGAGACGCCCGGCGGUCGCAUUGCCACGGUCAUCGAGAAGCGAGGUCGCGGGUGGUUGUUCGUGGAGCUCGACGGCGACGCGAAUGAUGAGGGUGGGGCUUUUGAAAGGAAGUGCAUCAGACAAAGGGCGUCGCCCACCAAUGACAUCACGCGGGCUUCGUCGCCAAAUUUGCAAGGAGAACCGGACGGAAGUGUGGUGACGCCGCCUCCCAAAAAUUAACUAGAGUUAUCCUCAUC